AUUUUCUUUAGCACAUACUCUUACAACUCCUUCAAAAUACGCAGAUGAGAAUCUUAGCUUGAUUUUCCGGAGGAGUCGGGAGGUGCUAGUUGUCAGCUCUGGAGAUCAAGAGGCCAGAAGAGGCCUCUGUCACUGUGAUUUAGAGGCGUCUAGUUUAAAUGAUCCCUACUCCCAGGCCCUCUUCUUUAGUUAUUAGGAAAUAAUGACCAUAAGCGGUCAGGAUAUAGGAUUUUGGCAAUCUAAAGGUGCUCCAAGCAGCUGAUCCUAGGGGGAAUCUUUAGGGUAUAAAGUCCACCGGCGACAGAGGAGUGCUGGCCCUUUAAGGGGUGUGUGUGUGCUAAGGGGCGGGGCCUAGGGAGGAAGUUGUAAAUCUGGGCCGAAGUCGGGCUGGUGAAGGGCGGAAGCAGUGUCCACUAUUGCAGUUAUGGCGCAGGAAAAGGAAGAUGUUAGAGAUUAUAAUUUGACUGAAAAGCAAAAGGUGAUCAAGGCCAAGUAUCCUCCAGCUAAUCGAAAGUACGAAUAUUUGGAUCAUACAGCAGAUGUCCAGUUACACGCAUGGGGAGAUACCUUGGAGGAAGCAUUUGAACAGUGUGCAAUGGCCAUGUUUGGUUACAUGACAGAUACUGGGACUGUGGAGCCCCUCCAAACAGUAGAAGUAGAAACUCAAGGAGAUGACCUACAAUCUCUUCUGUUUCACUUCUUGGAUGAAUGGCUUUAUAAAUUUAGUGCUGAUGAAUAUUUUGUACCUCGGGAAGUGAAAGUACUUAGCAUCGAUCAAAAAAAUUUCAAAAUACGGUCAAUUGGGUGGGGAGAAGAAUUCUCAUUGUCCAAGCACCCUCAGGGUACUGAAGUCAAGGCAAUAACAUACUCAGCGAUGCAGGUGUAUAAUGAAGAAAAGCCAGAAGUUUUUGUAAUCAUUGACAUUUAAGAUAUCAAACAAAAUAAAAGGCUCUUAUGAACUGCUGCUUCUCUUCCUGUUGAGAAAAUAACAUGAUAUACAUCUACAGUAUCUGUUAUACAUAAAAAUCUGUAAAAUGAAAAAAAAUCUGUAAAAUGGACUUUUUAAUAUCUAUAAAGUAUAUUAUAUAAAGUG